AUGUCAGAACGUGCUGAUAUGCUCAGUUUCACCGAGCACAUCAGAAAUGUGUGUUUUCUCGCUCACGUUGAUCAUGGCAAGACCACGCUGUCCGACAGCCUCAUCUCGAGCGUCGGUAUAAUCAGCGAGAGGCUCUCCGGGAAGCUGCGCUAUCUAGACAACCGCGACGACGAGCAGAGACGCAUGAUAACGAUCAAGUCGUCCAGCAUCUCGCUCAUAUACUCCCCGAACAAUCCGACCGUGCGGACAGGCAGCGCCAAGGCGCUAAACGACUCGCCGUGCAUCAUAAACCUCGUGGACUGUCCGGGUCACGUGGACUUCUCCGUUGAAGUGUCUACCGCCGCGCGGCUGUGCGAUGGAGCGCUGCUCAUCGUCGACGCCGUCGAGGGCAUAUGCCCGCAGACGAAAGCCGUUCUACGGCAGGCGUGGAGAGAGAGCGUCCGCACGGCGCUGGUGCUUAACAAGAUCGACAAGCUGAUACUGGACCUGAACAUGACGCCGGUGGAGGCGUACCAACGGUUGCGCGAUUUGGUCGACCAGGUAAAUGCGCUGAUGUUCCAAAUGUACAACGAGUACCUCAACGUCGACGCGGACGAGGAGGGCAUUAAGGUGGACGUGAGUGCUAAGAAGUGGUUCUUCUGUCCUUCUGAGGGCAACGUGGUGUUCUGCAGCGCGUUACACCGGUGGUGCAUAAACCUGCCGGAGUUCGCGGAGCACAUCGUACAUAAGCUCAAUGUGCCUCCCGCGAAAAGCGGCGGGAUCCUGAAGGCGCUCUGGAGCGAUCUCUACUACUGCCCGCGCAGCAAAACGCUGAAACCAUGCCACGGCCGUGAGAAGCCCUUUUUCGUGCAGUUUGUGCUGGAGCAGGUGUGGAAGGUGUACGAUGCCAUCAUGACAAAUUGGUCUCCUGCUGACAUCGAAAAGUGCGUCAGGUACUCAGGAGCCACGCUAAGUGCCCGCCAGUCGCGGCUGCUCGAGAGCUCGGCCACUCCUGCCGCGGAGGAGCGCGAGGAGCUGCUGACCACCGUGAUGGGUUCGUGGAUUUCCAUUCCAAGCGGCAUUGUGCGGAUGAUUGUGGACUGUCUGCAUAACCCAGUUCAGGCCGCGAAAAAGCGGCUGAAACGCAUCUGCCCUGCCGUGCUGGACUACCCAGCUUACGAGGAGGUCAUAUCGUGCAAGCCCACGGCACCGACAGUGGUGCACGUUGCGAAAUUCCUGGGCUGCGACCUGAACAUCAUGAGACUCACUGGCGAUGUGCUGCAUGGCGACGAGCUUGCGGAGGAAUUUGUGGCGUUUGCGCGCAUCUUCAGCGGCUGCCUCAAGGUCGGCAGCGAACUCUACAUCUGCGCUGCCCGGAGGCCCGCCGCGGGUUGCGGCUUCGCAGACGACAUCCACAGCGACGUACGGCAGAGAACGGUCUGUGUGAAAAGGAUCAUGAUAUGCAUGGGAGCCGAUCUCCUCGACGUGGAUACUGGGUGGCCGGGAAACAUCGUCGCGCUGCACCUGUCGCAGCCGGGCUCCUCGCCGGGAGAUGCUGCGUCACCCCACGCGUCGGACGCAGGGCGCAGGGACAACAUGGAUCACGUCAAGGAGGUUAUGGCGUGGAUCCUGUCUCUGGGGGACCCUCACCGCCAGAAGGUGAAGAACCUGGGUGACGAAUUCGACAAUCGCAGCCGAUUCACGCGUCAGGGCAACCUCUGCAGCGUUGAUAGGCACCUCACUUUGAGCAGUGACCCGUCCUUCCCCGGGUUCCCACCGCUGAAUUUGGAGUUCAACAACCCCAUCAUUCGCGUCUCGGUAGAACCGCAAAAUGUCAAGCACACUCAAGAGUUCCUCAUGGGUCUGGCGUAUUUGUACAUUUCGGACCCGGCAAUCGAGCUGGAUGUGCUGAAGACCGGCGAAUACGUGCUGGCGUGCUGCGGUGAAAUUCACCUUGAGCGGUGCGUCAACGACCUGGCCAAUCUGUACGCCAAAGUGCCGAUCACGGUGUCGAAGCCGCGUGUGUCGGUCAGGGAGGGCGUCGUCAACCUGCCGCCAACGGACACCAGCGCAGUGGCGUACUCGAAGGCGCUGAGCAAAAUGGUCAACUUCCCCCCGUGGCAGAACAACUCGAAUGCCGCCGAAGAGCAGCCUGCCGAGCCGGACCCCACGGUGGAUCACAAGUUGGUGACGCCGAUUAAGGGGUUGCCCGGGACCUACAUCACCGCGGCUGCGCUAAAACUCGGCACCGAGUACGCGGUGACGCCUUCGGGCGACACCGUGCUGCUCGUGCGCACCGUGCAGAUGCCGCAGCAGGUGUUGGACUACGUGGAGAACAACAACAACGACAUAAAACGCGCGAUCUACGGAGGCGAGCCGCCGCCGCAGUUCGCAACGGGCGCGCUGGAGCAACGCAUGAGCUGUUACCUGGAGAAGCUGGAAAAUGACAUUGUGGCCACGUGGAGGUCGAGCACCGUACAGCGUGGAGCAACGCUGGAUGUCGGCCACCUCUGGGCAAUCAGCACCAAUCGCGGCAGCCGCACCAUGCUCUUCUACAACGACAAUAACGGGCUGAAGGUGCUGGCAGCGCCUGCAACCGCUGGCGAUGAGGCCGCGGCACCAAGUUCCACCGACCGUCAAAAGCUCGUGCGUCCACCUCCGAUGGAGUGGCGAUUCAGGGACACCUACCAGCCCGAGAAGAUCAGCACCAUCGAAUGGUCAAAGGCCAUUUCAGCAGUGAUGUCGGGGUUCGAAGUGGCGUCGCAGUUCGGCCCCUGUACGGAGGAGCCGUUGCGCGGCGUCGCGUUCGUGAUUGAGGGGAUGUACACCAUCAGCACCCCGUGCCCAGACGCCAGUCCGGAACGCAGCUUGUACAAGGCGCGGAAGCCGACAAGCCCGGCGCAACGCGAGGACGCGUCAGAGGAAACUACGCGAAACGACGUGCUGUCCAAGCUGCUGCACAAGAGGGAAUUCCAAGGCGACGCCAAAGACACGCAGUCGGAGCCAGCAUCCGACGCCGAGGAAGACGAGGGGGAGGGCUACAUGCGCAUCGGCAGCCACGUGAAGCUAGUGACCAACGAGCACACAACCUUCGAAUCCGGCGCCGAUGACAUCCAGGACACAUUAUCGCAAUUCAGCGACGUACUCACCUUCCAGUCGUCGCGCAGAUCCGGUUCCGGGGUGUCCACUGCUGGCAACAUCAUAUCCACGAUGCGCAACAUAUGCCGCAAGGCCAUCAUGCAGCGCGGGAGGCCGAGGAUAUACGAGGUCAUGCUGCGUCUGGAGCUGCAGUGCGACCAGGGUGUGCUGGGCAAGAUGUACAGCGUGCUGCAGAAGCGGCGGACGCAGAUCGUCGCAGAGAACGUGCGGAACUGCACCAACACGUUCGUGAUCGAGGGGCUCAUUCCGGCGUCGGAGUCGUUUGGGCUCGCCCAGGACCUGAGGUCGAAGGCCUCUGGCGGCGUGGUGUUCCACCUGCAGUUCAGCCACUGGGAGAUGAACCCCGACGACCCGUUCCCCGAGGUGUCGAUGACCGACGAGGAAUUCGAGGACGCAGGGUUCAACAUGGCCCGCAUGCUGCAGUCCAACGUGCCGCGCAAGAUCAUCAACUACAUUAGGAAGAUGAAGGGGCUCAUCACCGAGGAGAAGGUGGUGGCGUCUGCGGAGAAGCAGCGCACGCUAUCCACUAAGAAAUGA